CAUUUGUUCUCUGUCUGACUUUGGUUGAGCGACGCGCGCGCGUCCCGCGCGGAACCGCGUCUCCGCGGCGCGGCUCCGGUCUGGACGCGGGCCAAAGGCUUGUCUGGUGUCAAACCAGCCUGAACAGAUUCUCCCAGACGGCUCAUUCCUGAGACGGGACCGUGCAGCCCCCCCCCCCCUCGCGCCAAGCAAUUUAAAGCUGAUGGCGCAUCCUCCCCGCUGAACGGGACCAUCGAGAGCUUCACUUUCCUUCCGCCCUCCUCGCGAGCGCACCGCGGACACAUGGCCUUUACGCGCGCACCGCCGACUGCGUGCUGAUACGAUUUUUUAAUCCAGGCUUGAUUGAUUUUUUGUUUUCGGAGAUUCAAACAGUUGGGACUUCACCGGAUGUCUACUGGUUCUGUCUUUCAUUCGUGGGGAUGAUCGACGGCUGGUUAAUAUGAACCUUUUGCCGGGUGGAAUAUGCGUUUAUUUGUGUGCAGCCAUCUGCGAUGCGUCCUGGUGGUACAUGGGCACGCUGGGCUCCCAGGUGAUGUGUGACAACAUCCCCGGCCUGGUGAACAAGCAGCGCCAGCUGUGCCGCCAGCACCCCAAGGUGAUGCAGGCCAUCGGGGCCGGGAUGGGGGACUGGAUCUCAGAGUGCCAGCACCAGUUUCGCAACCACCGCUGGAACUGCAACACCACGGCCAGGGAGCACAACCUGUUCGGACGCCUGCUGCUGCGCAGCAGCCGCGAGGUGGCCUUCAUGUACGCCAUCUCCUCGGCCGGCGUGGUGCACACGCUGGCGCGCGCCUGCAGCCGCGGCGAGCUGGACUCCUGCUCCUGCGACCCCCGCAAGACGGGCUCGUCCCGGGACGCCAGGGGCUCCUUCGACUGGGGCGGCUGCAGCGACCACGUGGAGCACGCCGCGCGCUUCAGCCAGGGCUUCGUGGACGCCAAGGAGCGGAAGGGGAGGGACGCCCGCGCGCUCAUGAACCUGCACAACAACCGCGCCGGCAGGAAGGCGGUGAAGCGCUUCAUGACCUUGGAGUGUAAAUGUCACGGCGUCAGCGGCUCGUGCAGCGUGCGCACCUGCUGGCUCGCCAUGGCCGACUUCCGCCGCACCGGCGACCAGCUGCGGCGCCGCUACAACGCCGCCGCGCAGGUGUCCGUCAACCAGUACGGCACCGGCUUCACCGCCGCGCACGCCAGGCGGCCCGGCGGGAACGACCUGGUUUACCUGGAGGACUCGCCGGACUACUGCGUCUGGGACCCCGAGUCAGGGUCGAUGGGGACGGGGGGGCGUGUCUGUAACCGGACGUCCCGCGGCGCUAACGGCUGUGAGGUCAUGUGCUGCGGUCGAGGCUACGACACGUCGCGCGUCAGCCGGAGCACGAAGUGCGAGUGCAAGUUCCACUGGUGCUGCGCCGUGCGCUGCAGCGACUGUCAGCAGCAGGUGGACGUGCACACCUGUAAAGACCAGACGUGACCUGUCAAUCAAACUGGGGAAGGACCUGUGUUUUUCUACUGCUUGUGUUUACAAUGUAAGAGAAGCAGAAAGGAAGCUUAUUAAUAAGUGUUAAGGACGAAUUCUGUUCAUUAAAUAUAAAGAAAAGUGUGAAAUGUCAAAUGAACAAACUCUUCCUAUUACUCCUACUGACAAACAUCAGGGCAGAUGUUUCCUCUUCGGUCACAUUUUAAAAGCUUUAACUGAAAACAUUUUGUAAGUUAAAUGUGUCUCUAGAAAAAGAUUUGUGAUGAAGCAGAACAUCUUCUAGUUUCCUCUCUGCUGCUUCUUGCUGCAGAUCAUUGCUUUAAACACUCAACAUUUGAAGUGUAAAAUAAAACUGCUAUAAACAGAAUGAAGGUGAAGUUGUUUCCUCCCCCGCCUGCAGGGGGCGACACUGACAUCACGGGUUGGUACCUGGACAGGUGAAGACGGUCGAGUUCUUUUACUUUAAAUUAGGAGCUUCAGGAU